GUCUAGCCUGGUCUGUGGCGGUAAGGGGAAAAAGGGAGACUGCACUGCGCAGGCGCCGUGGGCUUUUCUCGCUCUUUUUUUAAUCCUUGCACCAAGCGCUCAACCUCAUUGGGGUGGAGGAGAAGGCGGCGGCUGCCCGGUCCGCAGCGAUAACAGUCGCGAAUAAUAGGCUAAUGGACUGCUGAAAAAUAUGAAGUAUUUCAGACCUAGUAGAACAUCACUCUGCCACUCACUCCUUUAUCUCCUACUAGUUAUUUAAAUUGGACUUUUAAUAUCCUACCAGCUGCUCUUCAGACACACAUGGUGCAUUGUUACCAUUCCCCGGAUUGCAUCUUUGAAACACAGGCUCUUAGUAACCUUCAGCAAACAAAGAGGCGGCCUCCCUGGAACGGCUACCAGGAGGGAGGCAUCCUGACUGCCCUCUAGCUUUUGCUGGAUCUGGAUUUGAAUUCUACCAUGGAGCCUCGCAUGGAGUCUUGCCUGGCUCAGGUAUUACAAAAGGAUGUGGGGAAACGACUGCAGGUUGGUCAAGAACUUAUAGACUAUUUCUCAGAUAAACAGAAGUCUGCUGACCUUGAGCAUGACCAGACCAUGUUAGAUAAGCUUGUGGAUGGACUCGCUACCUCUUGGGUGAACUCAAGCAAUUAUAAGGUAGUUCUUCUGGGCAUGGACAUCCUGUCGGCCCUGGUGACCCGGCUGCAGGAUCGGUUCAAGGCGCAGAUCGGCACAGUGCUGCCGAGCCUAAUAGACAGACUGGGAGAUUCUAAAGACUCUGUGAGGGAACAAGACCAGACUCUGCUGCUAAAAAUCAUGGAUCAAGCUGCUAAUCCCCAGUACGUAUGGGACAGAAUGCUCGGAGGCUUUAAACAUAAGAAUUUCCGCACGAGAGAAGGCAUCUGUCUCUGUCUUAUUGCAACACUCAAUGCCUCUGGAGCACAUACACUAACACUAAACAAGCUCGUGCCACAUAUAUGUAAUUUACUUGGAGAUCCAAACAGUCAGGUGCGAGAUGCAGCAAUAAACAGCUUAGUGGAAAUUUACAGACAUGUAGGCGAACCCGUGAGGACAGAUCUCAGUAAAAAAGGAUUGCCACAGUCCCGGUUGAGUGUCAUUUUUACAAAAUUUGAUGAGGUUCAAAAAUCUGGAAAUAUGGUACAAUCUACAAAUGAUAAAAAUUUUGAUGAUGAAGACUCUGUGGAUGGUAACAGACCUUCUUCUGCCAGUUCCACAUCAUCCAAGGCCCCAGCAAGCUCCCGGAGAAAGAUUGGGAUGGGGACCACCCGCCGGCUUGGAUCUUCCACUCUUGGGUCCAAGUCUUCAGCUGCAAAAGAAGGUGCAGGCGCUGUUGAUGAAGAGGACUUUAUUAAAGCAUUUGAUGAUGUACCGAUGGUGCAGAUUUAUUCAAGCCGAGACCUUGAAGAAUCCAUAAACAAAAUUAGGGAAAUACUAUCUGAUGACAAGCACGACUGGGAGCAGAGAGUAAAUGCUCUAAAAAAGAUUAGAUCUUUACUUUUGGCUGGUGCAGCUGACUAUGAUAACUUCUUUCAACAUUUGCGUCUUUUGGACGGAGCCUUUAAACUCUCUGCAAAGGAUCUGCGGUCUCAGGUAGUGCGGGAGACAUGUAUCACGUUGGGGCAUUUGUCAUCGGUUCUGGGGAAUAAGUUUGACCACGGAGCUGAAGCCAUUAUGCCAACUAUCUUUAAUUUAAUUCCAAAUAGUGCCAAAAUUAUGGCCACUUCUGGUGUUGUAGCUAUUAGGUUAAUCAUUCGGCACACACACAUCCCUAGGUUAAUACCUGUCAUAACAAGCAACUGUACCUCUAAGUCUGUCGCAGUUAGAAGGCGCUGUUUUGAAUUUUUAGAUUUGCUUUUACAAGAGUGGCAGACACAUUCACUAGAAAGGCACAUAACAGUAUUAGCAGAAACAAUAAAGAAGGGAAUACAUGAUGCUGAUUCCGAAGCAAGGAUAGAAGCCAGAAAGUGUUACUGGGGCUUCCACAGUCACUUCAGCAGAGAGGCAGAGCACUUGUACCACACCCUGGAGUCCUCAUACCAGAAAGCCCUACAGUCCCACUUGAAGAACUCAGACAGCAUCGUGUCUCUGCCGCAGUCUGACCGCUCAUCUUCCAGCUCUCAAGAAAGUCUCAAUCGGCCACUCUCUGCCAAAAGAAGUCCUACUGGCAGUACCACGUCUAGAGCUUCUACAGUUAGCACCAAAUCUGUGUCGACGACUGGGUCCCUCCAGCGAUCUCGAAGUGAUAUUGACGUGAAUGCAGCAGCCAGUGCCAAAUCCAAAGUCUCGUCAACUUCAGGCGCCAUGCCCUUCAGCUCUGCAGCAGCUCUCCCUCCGGGGUCUUAUGCAUCUUUAGAAUCCAGACACAUGAGGGAAGACAUGGAGUACAUAGGCCUGGACUCAGAUGGUACUGCCACUAAAGCGGAGGGUCGGAUCCGCACAAGACGGCAGAACUCUGGGAGUACCACCAAUGUCGCCUCAAACCCCUCCGACAGUCGGGGCCGCAGUCGUGCCAAAGUUGUUUCUCAGUCUCAGCGAUCCAGAUCUGCUAAUCCUGCUGGUGCUGGCAGCCGGUCAAGUUCCCCAGGAAAGUUGUUGGGAAGUGGUUAUGGAAGUCUCUCCGGGAGUUCCUCAAGAGGCCCACCUGUGACACCAUCUUCAGAAAAACGAAGCAAGAUUCCUAGGAGUCAGGGAUGCAGCCGAGAAACAAGUCCAAACCGAAUAGGACCAGCACGGAGCAGCCGUAUCCCUCGACCCAGCAUGAGUCAGGGGUGCAGCCGCGAUACCAGCCGUGAGAGCAGCCGGGAUACGAGCCCUGCUCGGGGCUUCCCCCCACUCGCCUCUCGACGUCAUUCCAGGUCCACUAGUGCUCUCUCCACUGCUGAAUCUGUUGGGCAGUCAGACCGUUUUGGGCUGAGCCAGCCAGGACGAAUACCUGGUUCUGUGAAUGCCAUGCGGGCUCUCAGCACCAGCACAGACCUGGAAGCAGCUGUGGCAGACGCUUUGCUGUUAGGAGACGCCAGGAGCAAGAAGAAACCUGUGCGGAGGAGAUAUGAGCCAUAUGGGAUGUAUUCUGAUGACGAUGCCAACAGUGAUGCCUCAAGUGUCUGCUCCGAGCGCUCCUAUGGCUCCAGGAAUGGUGGCAUUCCCCAUUAUCUGCGGCAGACUGAGGAUGUAGCAGAAGUUCUCAACCACUGUGCGAGUUCAAACUGGUCUGAAAGGAAAGAAGGGCUUCUGGGCCUGCAGAACUUACUGAAGAGCCAAAGAACACUGAGUCGAGUAGAAUUGAAGAGAUUGUGUGAGAUUUUCACCCGAAUGUUUGCUGACCCUCAUAGCAAGGUGUUUAGUAUGUUUUUGGAGACUCUUGUGGAUUUUAUAAUAAUUCAUAAGGAUGACUUGCAAGACUGGCUUUUUGUUCUUCUCACACAAUUACUUAAGAAAAUGGGAGCAGAUUUACUUGGAUCUGUGCAAGCAAAAGUUCAGAAGGCUCUGGAUGUCACAAGGGACUCUUUUCCAUUUGAUCAACAAUUUAACAUUUUGAUGAGAUUUAUUGUGGAUCAAACUCAGACUCCAAACCUCAAGGUGAAGGUUGCAAUUCUAAAAUACAUCGAGUCUUUGGCCAGACAGAUGGAUCCAACAGAUUUUGUAAACUCAAGCGAGACAAGGCUCGCUGUUUCUAGAAUCAUAACAUGGACAACAGAACCAAAGAGUUCAGACGUGAGAAAGUCCCCGCUUCAGCGUAGUCGAGUAGGUGAGGAUGUCCCUACUAGGUCCACUUCCACCUGCUCUGGGCCUGGAGAAGGCAACUUGGAAGAAAAUUGUAAACAGGCAGCACAGAUUGUGCUGAUCUCUCUGUUUGAAUUGAACACUCCUGAAUUUACCAUGUUACUUGGUGCCUUGCCGAAAACGUUUCAGGAUGGUGCCACCAAACUCCUGCAUAACCACCUCAAGAACUCUAGUAACACCAGUGUGGGAUCUCCAAGCAAUACGAUUGGCCGGACGCCUUCACGACACCCCAGCAGCAGGACGAGCCCUCUAACCUCCCCCACCAACUGUUCCCAUGGUGGACUGUCUCCUAGUAGGUUGUGGGGUUGGAGUGCAGAUGGGUCAUCGAAGCACCCACCUCCCUUUUCUCAGCCUAACUCCAUUCCCACCGCUCCCUCCCACAAGACUCUCAGGCGCUCUUACUCUCCCAGCAUGCUGGACUAUGACACAGAGAAUCUAAACUCUGAAGAAAUCUAUAGUUCUUUGCGUGGAGUUACAGAAGCCAUUGAAAAGUUUCGUUUCCGAAGCCAGGAAGAUCUGAACGAGCCAAUUAAACGAGAUGGCAAAAAGGACUUCGAUAUUGUUUCCCGGGAUGGAGGAGCUGCAUCCCCAGCCACUGAGGGCCGGGGCAGCAAUGAAAUGGAAGGAGGCAGGACUGCCCUGGACAACAAGACCUCUCUCCUCAACACCCAGCCCCCACGCGCCUUCCCGGGGCCACGGGCACGUGACUAUAACCCGUACCCCUACUCAGACACCAUAAACACCUACGACAAGACAGCCCUGAAAGAGGCCAUGUUUGAUGAUGAUAUGGAGCAACUUCGGGAUGUGCCUAUUGAUCAUUCUGACCUGGUGGCAGACCUACUGAAAGAGCUGUCAAACCACAACGAGCGGGUGGAGGAGCGGAAGGGUGCCCUGCUGGAGCUGCUCAAAAUCACUCGAGAGGACAGCCUGGGCGUCUGGGAGGAGCACUUCAAGACCAUCCUGCUACUGCUGCUGGAGACACUCGGGGACAAAGAUUAUUCCAUUCGAGCUCUGGCACUGAGAGUUCUACGUGAAAUUCUGAGAAACCAGCCAGCAAGAUUUAAAAACUACGCAGAACUGACGAUCAUGAAGACGCUGGAAGCCCACAAAGACUCCCACAAGGAGGUGGUUAGAGCUGCUGAGGAGGCCGCAUCCACACUAGCCAGUUCUAUCCACCCAGAGCAGUGCAUCAAAGUGCUCUGCCCCAUCAUCCAGACAGCAGACUACCCCAUCAACCUCGCCGCCAUCAAGAUGCAGACCAAAGUUGUGGAGAGGAUUGCCAAGGACUCCUUGCUGCAGCUCCUCGCCGAUAUCAUCCCUGGCUUGUUGCAGGGUUAUGACAACACUGAAAGCAGUGUGCGUAAGGCCAGCGUGUUUUGCUUAGUGGCAAUUUAUUCCGUAAUCGGAGAAGAUCUGAAACCUCACCUUGCACAGCUCACGGGGAGCAAGAUGAAGCUGCUAAACUUGUACAUCAAGCGGGCCCAGACCACCAACAGCAACAGCAGCUCCUCCUCCGACGUGUCCACACACAGCUAGUGGCAACACCUAUUUCUGCAGAUCACUUGCGAUCAGUGGUGCCCUGGAGACACCCCCCCCCCCAUCGGCUGCCCUAUCAGUACAAGGAGGCCCACACAUAUUUAUUACAAUCAGUAUUUUGGUCCCUUCCAGCUUUUAUGUAGAACCUUACUGGUAUUGAAUGUAAUGGAAGCAAGGCCUGUAUUGCAGUCUUCAUAGAAACAAAAGGAAUGAGAAACAAACAGAGCCAUAUUAUAUGUCUCAUACCACCUCUGACAUCACAAACCAUGUGGGGGUGGGGGCGAGUUCCCCAAACCCAUAGCUCUUUAGCAGUAGAUGGUAGCGCUUUGUUUCAGUUAAUAACAGAUUUUGUGUCCCUCAUUCUUAGCUUACAAUUCUUAGGAGUAUGGCCCGUGUGGGGCAAAGCCCACACCAUUUCCAAGCCAACACUGAGAAAGGUCAUGUGUCCUUAGGUUGUGUUUUGAGACCUAAUAAGCAUGGAGCUUGAAUCCUGGCAAGAAGAGGAGGGCCUGAAGCUAGCCCACCACGCUGCCUGCCUUUUAGACACAACCCCAGCCCUGGCUCUUGGCACAGCAGGACUACCUCAGUCUCCCAGCUCCUUGGAGCAGCUGCACAGCCAGCUCCCCACCCCAAAAGUCAGAUGAACUCACCGCAAGUUAGGAAUACCUAGAAAAGCCUUUUGUGGAGCACAGAGGGAUGUUUCCUGUCUGCUUCCCUGCUGAGAUCUUAGGGAGGCACUGUCAUGAUGGGAUUGUCCCAAGAUUCUAGGUUGGUGGUUCAAAACCUCACCACCUUAUCUCAUCCCUUGAGCUUUGCCUGGGCUGUUCAUUUCUUAAAUGCGCUCAAUUAAUCUGGCAAAUAGCAGUUUUACCAUUGCACUUUUGGCUUCCCCAUUUUCGUUUGGGAUUAAGAGCAAAGAAAGCAAAAUCUAUCUUUGGUGGUAAAAAUUGAACCCAUAGCCUCCUGAAUGCUAGGCCAGUUCUUUACUACUGAGCUGCACCCCAGCCCUGGAAUCAUUAUUUUUAAUUCUGUACACUUAAAAAAGUGAUCAUGACAAGUGGCACAUUGCAGAGCACAGGACUUGCAGUGCACUUUUGAGAGUCUAUUGCCUUCCUUGGGAAGCCACUGGGCCCCUUGUAUGUGUCAACCUCUUGUGGGGCUGAUUGCUCCAAAGAAAGUCACUGUAGACCUGGAGUCUAGUUACAUUGUUUUGAGUAAAAUUUUCCUACACCAAAUAGCAAUUGUCAAUGCAAUCAUGGAGACUUCUGUUGCUAUUCUAUUUCAGAUCCUGUAAUUGUACCAAUCCUUCCAUAAGGAAAAAGCUUCUUAGGAUCUGGGGCACUGCUCAGGUCAUUCUCAGCCUGAUUGUGCCACCCCCUCUGACCUUUCAGAUUACGUGGGGACUUGUGAAAGGCAGAUACUAUUAUUUGGAAAUAAGCAAUAAAAAUGAAGGCCUCUCUACAUUCAGGAGUGGAGUGGAUUAUGUUACAUGUAUAAAAUGCUCCAUGACUGCUGUUUGGGGAAAUUGAGUGCAUUUUAAGUGGCUGAAAAUUAUUAUGGACUCACUUAGGCUCAAAACAUAGCAGAACCCGGCCUUGCUUUCAGUGAUAAAUACUGCUUGUUUGUUUUUGUUUGUUUAUGUAUUAAUGAGAUUUCCUCUUCACACAAGAGUCCUAGAGUCUUAGGAUCUCCUCUGUGGUAGAAACAUGUCUCCCAGGCAGCAUAGUUAUGAAUUCUCUUAAGCUUGAUGCAGUUAGAAGGACCUUUCUCUGGGACUGUGGCUCCCAGAGGUCACCACGGGUCCCCAGUACCGCUGGAAGGCUCUCAAUCAUCCUGAUGUCCUCUCAGUACUCACAAAGGGCUAGCUGUGAUGUCACUCACCUUCCUCAACCUCCUGAUAGAGAUGCAAUCCCAUCACAGGUCUCUUGCUCUCAAUCUGCAAACUGCUGCUGGCCAUACCGAGUAGACUUGCAUGCCGCCACCACCUCACUGCAGGGUGGCUGCACGCUCCACCCUCGGGACAACAGCUGCUGCUGCCUUGUGGUCCAGGAGAUGCCGAGAGCAGAGCACCAGGACUGCAUUUGUCUCCCCUUCCACCUGACUUUCUAGAGCCUCAACGUCCCUGCCCCAUGGUGAGGGCCCGGCUGCUCCAACUUCCUGCCUCCCUGAGCUGCCGCCGUCCCAGGAGCUGUCCUCACAUGCGCUGGCUCCAUGUACCGCGCGUGCCGCACAGCCACAGCCACAGCCUGCCUUCUCCAUGCUCACCUCACCACGCCCGCGCAGGUAAUGCGACAGUAUCGUCUCAUACACUUUUUCUUUCCCUCCUGCCCUUUACAUCAUACAUCAUACCACACUUCGAAGGAUGGCAUGCAAGAACUCUGUAGAACCCACCAGGACUGCUAACAACAUUUGGAAAUGAAAAAAGAAAUGCUCUGAAAAAUAUCAGCCACCAAAAUAGUUUUGUUGGCACUGUGUUCACAGGCAUGGUCCCCACCCCACCCAGGUUGGGUGGUUUUUUGUUUUGUUUUUUGGGGUUUUUUUGGGCUUUUUUCAUGUUACAUCCAUAUCUGUAUUUAUCUUGUUUCACUUUCAAGUGUAUCAUGGCAAUGUACAGAUUUUUUUGUUAAUAAUGUGCUAGGAUUUGCUAAAAAAGAAAACAAAACAAAAAAAAACCCCUUUUGAGUUCGCCCUAGAAUAAAUGAAACAAUUCAGUUUCCUGCA